AUGGAGCCGCUGGUUUUUCAGGGGAGACUGAAGGGUAAAAUUGUACCUGCUCGCGGUCCGCCCAGAUUCGGCUGGGAGCCGAUUUUCGAACACGAGGGAGAGACUUUAGCUGAAAUGGAGCAUGGCAAGAAAAAUGCACUCUCGCACCGAUAUCAAGCAUUGUACAAGUUCCAGCAGUGGCUAGCCCAGGGCGAUAACCGAUCACUAUAUUUCGAGAGCAAAUAA